ACGCUACCCAAUAAUACAUCAAAAUCAAAUAAAUUGAUAGAAAAAUCCCGAUUCACACCUUACAAUCGACUCAUAUAAUGACUGCCCUUCGUUCAAAUUUGGCAACCAAAUCCCCACAAGCUCUGUUUCUGAACAACAAAAAUAACAACUUUUUAAAAACCCAUUUGAAAUUCUUGGUUUCUUUUCGCAAUUGCCCUAAAUCCAGAAACCCCAUUUGUUGUCUCUCAAAUUGCGAUCAGAAAACAGAGUUUUCUAACGAAAUGGAGAAGAAUAGCAACUGGGUUUCGAUUGAAUCGGAGGUUGGUGAUAAGUAUGUGAAGGAAUUGGAGGUUGCUGUGAAAGCUGUUCAUGUUGCUUGUUUGCUUUGUCAGAAAGUUCAAGAGGAUUUGAUAUUUAACGGAGGAGAUGUUGUUGAGAAUGUUCAAGCUAAAGAUGAUAAUUCCCCUGUUACAAUUGCUGAUUGGAGUGUGCAAGCAACAGUUAGUUGGAUAUUAUCCGAAGCAUUCGGACCCGAAAACGUAUCCAUUGUCGCAGAAGAAGACAUUGAAUCCCUCUCAAAAUCCGAUGCAAGAAGCAUCCUAUCAUCCGUUGUCAAAACCGUCAACGACUCACUAUCUUCCGCAGCCCGUUUCGGCAUCAAACCUCCGGUGACAAAUCUCGAAACUGCCCAAGUUCUUGAAGCAAUUAGUCGAUGCAACUCCACCGGUGGGCCCACCGGGAGAUUUUGGGUCCUUGACCCAGUUGAUGGGACACUAGGGUUUGUGCGUGGGGAUCAAUACGCGAUUGCGCUAGCUCUAGUUGAAAACGGGGAAGUGGUUCUUGGGGUUCUCGGGUGCCCGAACUACCCGAUGAAUAAAGAGUGGUUAAAUUACCAAAACGGGUACCGGAGGAUUCUUUCGAGAUUGACUAAACCGGACUCUGCGAGUUGGGAUGGUAACGGGUGUGUGCUUUACGCAAAGAAAGGUAGCAAGAAGGCGUGGAUGCAACCGUUGUUAAGUGGCGAUAAAGGUGUUGCGUCGGCUAGGCAAAUUAGGGUGUCGACUAUUGAUAAUCCUGUUUUGGCUACGUUUUGUGAACCAGUUGAGAAGGCAAACUCGAGCCACGUGUUCACACAAGGGUUAGCUCAUAGUGUCGGGCUGAGGAACCGACCGUUACGAGUAUACAGUAUGGUGAAAUACGCAGCCAUCGCUCGUGGAGACGCAGAGAUUUUCAUGAAGUUUGCAAGAGCUGGUUACAAAGAGAAGAUAUGGGACCAUGCCGCCGGAGUUGUCAUCAUCGAAGAGGCCGGCGGCAUCGUGACGGACGCUGGCGGCCGGCCACUUGAUUUUUCUAAAGGUAUGUAUUUGCAAGGGCUAGAUCGUGGAAUAAUCGCCUGUGCCGGAGCCUCACUGCAUGACAAAAUCAUGGGCGCCGUUGACGCCAGCUGGAACUCUUCGAGCCUUUGAUGAUCAUGUUACAUGUUUAAUAAUAUCCACCGUUGGAUUUUGUAUGAUACGUUAUUCAGUUGUUUGAUGAUAAAUGAAGGGUGAAUAUAAUUAUGUUUGAGCAAUAAGUUUUCAUCCAACUAUGUUAUGUGAUUUUAUUCA